AUGUUCUUUUCAUUGUCAUUUUUAAUCUUUGGUUUUUUAAUAUCAUUUCUCUUUUUUAUCUCUUUUCUUUUCUUCUCUCCUAUCAACAUUGAUCUACAAAUUUUUCAACAUUCAUUCUACAAAUUUUUUAAUUCAUUGUCAAUUUUCUCUUUUGUCUUUUUUUUCUUUCUCUUCUCGCAUUCAAUAUCUCUUUCUCAUUCUUUGGUUUUCAAUAUCUCUGUUCCGUCUUCAUUCUCUCUAGUCAAAAUUCAUCUACAAAUUUUGUCCUUUCAUUUGUCAAUUUUAAUCUUUUUGUCUUUUUUUGGUUCUCAAAAUAUCUCUCUUCCGUCUUCAUUCUCUCUUUCAACAUUUUUGUCUUUUUUAAUUCUUUCAAUUUUAAUCUUUUCUCUCUUUUUGAUUCUUUUCUCGCUUUUUUCUCUAUUCCGUCUUCAUUCUCUUUUUUUGUCUUUUUUUAAUUCUUUUUUGGUUUUCAUUGUCUCUCUUUUGAUUCUUUUGUCUUUUUUUUCUUUCUGUUCUUCAUUUCUCUCCUUUUUUUGUCUUUUUAAUUCUUUCUUUGUCAACAUUGAUUCUUUUGCUUUUGUUUCCUAUUCAUUCAUUUUUCCUUUUUUUGUCUUUUUUAAUAUCUUUUCUCUCAAUUCAUUCUGUACUUUUUUUGUCUUUUUAAUUCUCAAUUUUAAUCUUUUUUUUUUUUUGCUUUCUUUUCUCCUGUCCUUUUUUUGUCUCCUUUUUUUUUUGUCUUUUUUCAUUUUUCUUUUUCAAGCAUCUCUCUUUUUGAUCUUUUUUUUUUUGUUUUCUUUUUUUUUUAAUCUUUUGUCUUUUUUUUUUCUCUUUUUUUUAUUCUUUUUUGGUUUUCAUUCUCUCUCUUUUGAUUCUUUUUGCUUUUUUUUCCUAUUCCGUUUCAUUCUGUCCUUUUUUUUUCUCUUUUUUUUAUCUUUCUCGGUUUUCAUGUCUCUCUUUUUGAUUCUUUUGCUUUCUCUUUUCUUGAUUCCAAAUUCAUUCUGUCCUUUUUUUUUCAUCUCUCUUUUGAUUCUUUUUUCUUUCUUUUCCUCUUCAACAUUCAUUCUGUCCUUUUUUUUUUUUGUCUUUUUUAAUUCUUUUUUGGUUUUCAAGCAUCUCUCUUUUGAUUCUUUUUGCUUUCUUUUUCUCUAUUCCGUAUUCAUUCUGUCCUUUUUUUUUGUCUUUUUUAAUUGUCUUUCUUUGGUUUUUCAAAAUCUCUCUUUUGAUUUCUUUUGCUUUCUUUUUCCUUUUUUCAUCUCUCUUUUUGAUUCUUUUUCUUUUUCUUUUCUUCAUUCUCGUCAACAUCAUUCUGUCCUUUUUUUUUUGUCUUUUUUAAUUCUUUCUUUUCGUUUUUCAAACAUCUCUCUUUUUGAUUCUUUUUGCUUUCUUUUUGUCUUUUCCUUUUUCACAUCUCUCUUUUUGAUUCUUUUGCUUUCUUUUUUCUUUUCCGUUUAUUCAUUCUGUUCUUUUUUUUUUGUCUUUUUAAUUCUUUCUUUGGUUUUCAAGCAUCUCUCUUUUGAUUCUUUUUUUUUUUUUCCUAUUCCGUAUUCAUUCUGUCCUUUUUUUUGUCUUUUUUUAAUUCUUUCUUUUCAUUUUCAAAUUUUCUCUCUUUUGAUUCUUUUUAAUUCUUUUUCCUAUUCCGUAUUCAUUUCUGUCCUUUUUUUUUUUUGUCUUUUUAAUUUUUCUUUCAUUUUUCAUUUUCAUCUCUCUCUUUUUAAUUCUUUUCCUUUCUUUUUCUGUUCCUUCAACAUUCUUUUUGUUCUUUUUUUUUCUUUUUUCUUUUUUAAUUCAGUUUUUUCUUCUCUGAUUCUUUUUUUCUUUUUUUUUUCCGUAUUCAUUCUCUUUUUUUUUUUUUUUCUUUUCUCUUUUUUUCAUCAUUUGCUUUUUCAUCUUUUCAUCUCUCUUUUGAUUCUUUUUUUCUUUUUCCUAUUCAUUAUUCAUUCUGUCCUUUUUUUUUGUCUUUUUUUCAAUUCUUUCUUUUGGUUUUCAAAAUAUCUCUUUUUAUUCUUUUGCUUUCUUUUUCCUAUUCCGUAUUCAUUUCCUGUUUUUUUGUCUUUUUUCUUUCUUUCUUUGUUUUUCAAGCAUCUCUCUUUUGAUUCUUUUCUUUUUUUUUCUAUUCCCAUCUCUCUUUUGAUUCUUUUGCUUUCUUUUUUCUAUUCCGUAUUCAUUCUGUCUUUUUUUUUCUUUUUUAAUUCUUUUCUCUUAGUCUUUUUUUUUUUUUUUAAUUCUUUUGCUUUCUUUUUUUCCGUAUCAUUCUCUCCUUUUUUUUCUCUUUUUAAUUCUUUCUUUCUUUUCUUUCUUUUCUUUUCCGUAUUCAUUCUCAUCUCUCUUUUGAUUCUUUUGCUUUCUUUUUCCUAUUCAGUAUUCAUUCUGUCCUUUUUUUUUCUUUUUUUAAUUCUUUCUUUGGUUUUCAAUCAUCUCUCUUUUGAUUCUUUUGCUUUCUUUUUCCUAUUCCGUAUUCAUUCUCAUCUCUCUUUUGAUUCUUUUGCUUUCUUUUUCCUAUUCCGUAUUCAUUCUGUCCUUUUUUUUUGUCUUUUUUUAAUUCUUUCUUUGGUUUUCAAGCAUCUCUCUUUUGAUUCUUUUGCUUUCUUUUUCUAUUCGUAUUCAUUCUUCAUUUUUUUUUUCUUUUUUUUUCUUUCUUUUUUUCAAUCUCUUGCUUUUCUUUUUUUCUUUUUCAUUCUCUUUGUCUUUUUUGUCUUUUUUUAUUCCCAUCUCUCUUUUAAUUCUUUUGCUUUCUUUUUCCUAUUCCGUAUUCAUUCUGUCCUUUUUUUUUUCUUUUUUAAUUCUUUUUUGGUUUUCAAACAUCUCUCUUUGAUUCUUUUGCUUUCUUUUUCUUUUUCCAUUCAUUCUGUCCUUUUUUUUCUCUUUUUUAAUUCUUUCUUUGGUUUUCAAACAUCUCUCUUUUGA